AACAACCGCCACCACCACCACCACCACCACCACCACCACCACCACCACCACCACCACCACCACCACCACCUCCUCCUCCUGCUCCACAAUUCCACGCCCUCCUAUACAACGUCCGCUUCUUUAACCACGAAACCGAUACCGAUCGAUCCUGUUCAGGAGCCAAGCAAGGGAUCCGGGAAUCAAAAGGCAUUUAGGCAACGCUAAACAACGGAUGACGCAAUUUGAUAGCAGUUCGUCAGCCUCGGAGACGAUCCAUCGGGCAUAACCGUUCGAACGAUCUAAGAAGGGACAAAAACGUGCCGUGCAAGACGAAUUCGAAGGAGCAGCAGCGAGGAAAAAGGGAGACGACAGACGCGCACGCAGAUGUGUCGUGCCACCCUGAAACCGACGAGGUCGAGGCAAGUGCAGAGAAAUGCACAAGUGCCGGACGAUCUUCUCUUCUCCUCUUCUUAUUUUUCUUCUUCUUCUUCUUCUUCUUCUUUGCUUGCACGAGGGAAACGAAGCACGGCCACGCGAGUGGGCGGCGCGUACCCUUCUCGAAGAUUUCUUUCCUUGCUUCUGGCGCAGGGAUGGAGGGGAUCCUCCGUGUCGUCCGCUGGAACAGCGCUACGAUGUCUUGUCCUGGCUGAUAGUCGUCGUAGCGACGCGGGAACGGGUGUAGCCGAGCUAUCUUCAGGAUUAGAUAGGCGCAAAGUGUCCAGGCGUUCGUUCGGCCACCCUGUAGCCGCUCGAUUCUUCCUCGUCGCGAUCAAGAUCGCGCCAUCGCGCGUGACGCGUAGACCUUGACAAGUGAUAAGCUUAUCACGUUGGAAGAAGAGUCGUCGACGAUCUAUCGAAGAAGAAAUUUUCUGCGACACGCUCGGUGUCCGCGGAGUUUGUUUGGGGAGUCUGAUCGGACAGGCGAAUCUCUUUCAGGUUGCGGCAACAUGCAUCUCGAAGAUUACCACGCGAACAGAAACGAAGAGGACGUGCAACGGGCGGUUUCCAAGAACACGAAACAGGAGGCUUUUAACAGUUUGCACCUAGCACCUAUCGCGACCAUAAACACCGGCGAUCAAUCCUGUUGGAUCGCUUCUCACGCGGACAGCGUCUCCUCUCCCGUUUUGCCAAACAAUUUCAGUCCCAGAGAGUACACCGAUUGGGAGCAACUCACGACCGUCUUCCAAUAUCCCGGUCAACCGUAUUCGUCCACGGACAGGUCACCAGUAAGCACAGGUAGCGAAGCUACCACGCCAACCUGGAACAAUGUCGUUCGCAGCGAAGCAUCGGACUGUUCCAAUAGCCAAAGAUUACCGUCCGUUGGUUCCGCUUUUUCUUUCUCAAGAACUUUCUGUAAUACGAUCUAUCCAGAGUACCAGGGUUAUCAGGAAUACCAAGAGUAUCAGGACGACGUAUCUUUGGCCUCUUUGCCUCUCGUCCUUCAUAAUCAAACGGAAGACCAAUUCAAUGGUUCCAUGCAGGCAGCCACGGAUGAAUUCGAUCUCAGUUUGAUCAGAGGCGAUCCGACGUCGUUGUUGAGCAACGUGGAGUCUCCUUCUUCCCCGUCGUCCACGUACCUGGAAGAGCUUCAGGAUCCGUUUUCUAACUUGAACGGAUCUUGCUACGCGGUUGGACAUUUGGUAUCCGGGCAGCAAACCUGCGUAUCCACGAUGAAUUUCGUCAACGAUACCGGAUUGAACGAUGGAUUUGCGAAUCAGGUUGUUCUGCCCAGGAACGAAGGAUUGUUGCUGACCGAUAGAAGAGUGCCGGUGUCCAAGCCUGUCAGUGAUACGGAGACCCGAAGCAAAUCUUUCGACUGUUCAACGACAGACGACAACUUGACGUCGACGUAUCAGUGCCGAUGGAUAGACUGUGGCUGCGCUUUCGCCGAACAAGAGGGUCUGGUUCGACAUAUCGAAAGAAGACACGUGGAAUCCUCGUCGUCGAACGCGCAUGGACACGGAAGACGGGUUCAAAGGGACAGAGACAAGGACAAAGACAAAGAGGGAGAGGGUUACGCCGGUUCCGUAAGCGGCCAAGACGAAUUCGCUUGCCUUUGGCAAGGAUGUCCGCGUGCUCGACCUUUUAACGCCAGAUACAAGCUACUGAUUCAUAUGAGGGUCCAUAGCGGAGAAAAGCCUAAUAAGUGUCCGUUCACCGGAUGCAAAAAGGCGUUUUCACGAUUGGAGAACCUGAAGAUUCACCAAAGAUCUCACACAGGAGAAAGACCAUACGCCUGUCAACAUCGCGGUUGCUCCAAAGCGUUCAGCAACAGCAGCGAUCGCGCAAAACACCAGAGGACUCAUUAUGACACGAAGCCGUACGCGUGUCAGGUUACCGGAUGCGGGAAAAGGUACACGGACCCGUCGAGUCUCAGGAAACACGUGAAAAAUCACUCGGAACCAACGACGCCGCUGUCCAACUUGUCAUUGACGUCGGACAGCAAGGCUUCGGGUAGCGCGACUAAAAGUUCAAGCAACUCGCGACACGAUCCGAUCUCUACUAGUUCGAGGCAACAGCAACAACAAGCACGAACGGCGAUCGUUUACACCACGGAAUCGAAUUAUCGAACGUAUAAGACUUCGGAGUGUUACGCGGACGAGGACGCGGACCCGUUCCAGACGAAUCUAUGUCAGGUGGAUAGGAUUUCCAUGAACCUUGACAGCAAUCAAGAGUACGUGCCGAUCGAGUCUGUGAAACGCUUUCUCAUCGACGAUGUCAGCGCGUCAGGAUCGCACGUGGACGGCACAGGGUACCAGGUCGAGGAUGAAGUGCCUGACUUCCAAGAGCUCGGUUCCGAUAUCGAACAACAGUUUCUCGAGCUAAGCAGCCUCGAUGACGCGGUUUUCAUCGACGGUUGAGAAGCUUGUUUAUUAUAGGAGGAGGAUCGAAGAAGACUUCGCGGCGAACGCGCCAUAUUUCCAAAGACUUGUUUCCAUUUCUUUUUGUAUUCGAUUUUUAUACGCUUUCACUCGAUCAGAUAAAUUUCAUCGACGGAUAUAUUUUUGUACAUAGGCGAUUGUAUAUAUCAUUAAAUACACGAUUUUGAUUAUUA